UUCCCUAUCAAAAUCCAGUGGACAUACAUAAGAAUUGCCGUAGAAGUCAGUUGGAACAAAACAGCGCGCAUUGACGCAACGAAAAUCCAAAAUCGGAAGAAAAUAAGAGCGCGAAGAAACGUUGUUUUCUGGGUUUUGGGCCAUAGUUUGAUAUGGCUGCCACUCUCCAGAAACUUGCAGUAUUCGUGUCGGGCAUAUGGAUCUGCCUCCUGCUCCUCAACCCCUUUCCACAAACCGGGGCAGUGGUUGGGCACAGAGAGCCGAUGCCUGACGACAGUAGAGACAACAUCACUAUUUUCACCCGGAUCCUGGACAGACUUCUGGAUGGCUACGACAACCGGCUUCGCCCCGGACUAGGAGCAGAGAGUGUGACGGAGGUGAGGACAAAUAUCUACGUGACCAGCUUUGGACCAGUGUCAGACACAGACAUGGAGUACACCAUCGAUGUGUUCUUCCGUCAGAGCUGGAGGGAUGAGAGGCUGAAGUUUGACGGGCCCAUGCAGGUCUUGCCUCUUAAUAACCUCCUGGCCAGUAAGAUCUGGACUCCAGACACCUUCUUCCACAACGGGAAGAAAUCUGUGGCCCACAACAUGACCACGCCCAACAAACUGCUACGACUGGUGGACAACGGUACCCUGCUUUACACUAUGAGGCUAACCAUCCACGCUGAGUGUCCCAUGCACUUGGAGGAUUUCCCCAUGGAUACACAUGCCUGCCCUCUGAAGUUUGGGAGCUAUGCGUAUACAAACAAUGAGGUUGUCUAUCUCUGGACCAAAGGAGAUGAGGGCUCUGUAGUCGUAGCAGAUGAUGGGUCAAGGCUAAACCAGUAUGACCUACUGGGCCAUGUUAUUGGGAAAGAAUCUAUGAUUUCCAGCACAGGAGAAUAUGUAGUGAUGACAACGUAUUUCCAUUUGAAAAGGAAAAUUGGCUAUUUUGUGAUUCAAACCUACCUUCCGUGCAUCAUGACUGUCAUCCUGUCUCAGGUCUCCUUCUGGCUAAACAGAGAGUCGGUUCCCGCCCGCACUGUAUUCGGUGUCACCACAGUUCUAACCAUGACAACCCUGAGUAUCAGUGCCAGGAACUCCCUGCCUAAGGUGGCUUAUGCCACAGCUAUGGACUGGUUCAUGGCGGUAUGCUAUGCCUUUGUCUUCUCUGCCCUGAUAGAGUUUGCCACAGUCAACUACUUUACCAAGCGCAGUUGGGCGUGGGAUGGCAAGAAAGAGGCCCAGGAGAUGAGGAGAAGAGAAUCUGCCUCUCUUUCCAAAAAGGCCAAUAACACAUUCAACAUUGUUGGAACUACAUACACCCUCAACGAGGCAAAGGACCCAGGUUUAACCACCGUCUCCAGGAGUGCCACUACAGCUACACACCACCAACACCACCACCACCACCACCACAGCCACAAGGUUCCUAAAAUGGACGACAAUUACGUGGAAGCCAUAAAGUCCUACAACCGUGUCAGCAGAGUGGACAAGAUCUCACGCAUCAUCUUCCCUGUGUUGUUCUUCAUCUUCAACCUGGUCUAUUGGGCCACGUACAUCAACAGCAAGCCGCCUCCCAAGUCCACCACCCACAAUUAAACUCACCACGACUGAAUAUUAGGCUGAGGUGGCAGGAGGCCGAGAGAUCCACGACAUGUUAUUGUAUCUUUGUUUUGGACUUCAUUUUGAUAUUUGCAAGUCUCAAUAGGUUGGAGACAAACAUUCUCGUAGAUUUGUAUGUACAUAGUUGAAUUAUAAAUGUUAAUUUGUUUGUUACUUGAUUAUUCAUUUGUUUGAUAGAAUAGCAGGAUGGUGUUUUCUUUUCUCUUGACAUGAUAAAGGGGAGCAUGUGUUUGAAUCCUUCAUGGUAGCUCAUUACAGAGGAUCGGGUCCUGGUAAAUCAAUGUGUGUAAACACACACUCUCACACACACACACACUCACACACACACACACACACACACACACACUCACACCAUUCACUCUGAAUUGCGUCAGGAUGCAGCAAGGAGAGCCAUUGGCUGCUUGUCGCUAUAGCGAGCUCUUAUAGCCAGGGGCAGCAUGUAGAGUUCCAUAGGGACAUCAUUAAUAAUCCUCAGUGUCUGCCCUUCCGCUAGCGCUGAAUCUCAACAGACCCAACGCAAUAUCAUCUGGAAUUGCUUUUGUGUCCUAUCGGGCCUGCAUGUGUAUUUUCCAGUCCAGAGACUCCUAUUGUUUUAACAGGCUGAGUAUGUUUAAAGAGAAAGAAGCAGUGUGCCUUUUUGAAUACCCACAUCAUCAAAAUAAAGCUUUUCUCACACACAAACACAUACAUACAGUACAUACACACACACAAACACAUACAUACAGUACAUACACACACAAACACAUACAUACAGUACAUACACACACACACAGAUACAUAUGGGGACUAUAUGGUUUAGGUCUGUGUGGCGGCUCCCCCUUCUCUCCCUCCACCUACAGCCCACGGUCCCUAGGGGACAUGGUCAGCGAGGUGAAUUCUCCAAACACAUAUCAUGCUUCAGGCCUAUGUAAGGUAGAGGGGAAGCUGCAGAGAAUAGUGAGUCACUACCACUGGAUGAAAUGUAAUCAUAAUGUGACUGAUGCAGCAUUAUAAAAUAUUCUCUAUGUACAUUCUCAUGUAUUGCUUACAGGGGUCAGCCUCAGUGAGCCACAUACAGUAGCUCAUUGACCUGUCAUGAUAUAUUGUGAAUUAGUUUUUUGUUUGCUGUUGAAGUGCUUUGAGAUUCUAUGAAAAGCACUAUAGAAGUGUAAUGAAUUAUUAUUUUGAUUUAUAGCUUGCAUAGUAUUCUGACACAUCAUCAGCUCAGACUGACUUCUAAUAUAGAUAAUAUAGACAACAUUUAUAUAGUAACACUUUCAUCUGUUAAUUUUGUCAACCAUGUUCUAUCUAUAGUAAAUAUUCUGGACUUUAGUCGGUAGCCCUUUCCUGCAGUCAAAUGACGUAGUGGCCUCAUGGGUGUUAUUAAUAUUUGUCAUAAUAUCAUAACUAAUUAACAUUAUUUCAAUAAACCUGAUCCAGUGUUUCUAAGUCAAACAGUUUUGUUAUAUUUCAGUCUUCUGUAAUGUAUAUAAAAAGUCAUAUUGGGAUGCAAACUUCAAAUGUAAUACAUGUCAACUCUAUAUCUGACAUGGUACAGGUGUCCUCUUUUUGUUAAGCCCAUAACCAUGUGUGUGAGAUGUAGACUACCCAGAAACACUCUGUGUGACCCUGAUUCAGCCCACUGCAGUACAAAGGUUAACGGAUGUUUUCUGAUGAAAGCUUUGACCCUUGUGUUCAUUUCUUCAUGAGAUUGUGAUACACGUUUGAGGUCUGAUUUAGAAAAGGCUACUUCUUUUUGAAUAUGAUCAUUUCCCGUGUUGUCUCAUUCCCAUUCUAUAGAUUUUGGUUGAAUUUUGUGUAACUUAUGAUUUGCAAAACAAAGGUGACUGUGGACAGGAAAACGCAUGUUUUGUUCGACAUACCACACUGCAGGCCGCAAAUCAUUCGAAACGUUGUUCAACUGUUUUACACAACCACAUUACGUAAAGCAGGGGUGAAGGAGAGGCAGAUGCUAUGCUAAAAUAUGUUGUGCUCAAGUCAUACAGCUUUGUGGGUGAAAGUAAUGACGUUGCGCAGGACUAUUCCCACGUGUUUCCAGAGUGCUCUCUGAUUGUUACACAGAUGACUUGCCCUGAACCCAACAUGCAGUAUGUUCUCAACCAUCUCUCAAAACAAGACUACGUUCAAAGGAGAAACGCCUUUCGAAUGGAUAGAAUGUGUUAAAAACAAAAACCAUGUACAAUGUAACAAACAUAUGCAUGACAGUCUGUACGUGUGGAAGUCUGCAACCUUCAGUAAUGAUAUUUGUCAUAUUGAAAUCUAAGGCUUAGUCUUGUAUCAGUGUUUCAGUUGCUCACUAAGAUACUGUGUAGUAUAAAGCUCUGUUGAAGCUGAGGAUUUUCCUUCUAGCAGGUUGAUAACUACAGAAAGGACACCUAGUCAUCAUAAAAUCAUAUAGAUAUAAGGAAUAUAUUUGUAUAUGAAGACAUACAUAGUAAAUCAUUUUAUGCUAAUUAACACAUACAAUAUAAGACAUAUACAUGUUAUAUAUGAUAUAGCCUAUACAGUGUCAUAACAAAUGUUGAUGGGUAGAAACCAGUAGACAAACAAAUAGACAAAUUAAUCAAAUGUUUAAACUAAGGGCAAAUACUCUAAUUAUUCCCCAAAAUAAUAGUAUUAAGUUGUGAAUUUCUGUAGAUACUGUGAAUACAACUGAAAUAGAGAGUUUGUGGACUAUAACUAAGUCAGGUUAGUACUUUUUGGUAUUGAUCAGCUCUGAAGCCCCUUCAAUGGUAUGAGACAUUGACAUUGGUGAUGCGUGGCUUCGCAGCAAGAUCAGUACCUUGCGUGUACUUUUCAUACCUAACUCUGAAUGACCGGAUGCCUUGUCUGCAAUUGAUGCUGCUGUACAUACUGUACCCUGUUCUCCUGUGAUUUAACUGCAUGUCCCAAAGCACUGAGGGAGUGGAGACUGCCUCCACACAGAGAGCUCCCAGAUGACUAGGGACUCUGGCAGUAGGUCUCUGUAUUGACCGUGCCAGUCGUUGCAAUCCCAUGUUGAAGCAUCUAUCCCGUUACUCUCAAUGACAGGACCUUGUAUGUUAAAGAGCCCUUUCUCCUUUGUCUGCUCACUGCUCAGAAAAUUGUAAAUGGCAGUUGGGAUUUCAAGGACAUUGUGUGUGGACUCGUGUAUUAAGUAACCAUACAAAAGGGUGAGAGGAAAAAAACCUUUAAACAGCAAAACAAAUGAACAAAAAUCUGCCCGAGUCAUCUGGUGAGUUUUGACAUGUGUCUCAUUGAAACAUAAAUCUUGCGCCUCUUGGUGGUUACCUCUGUCAUUUGGACUGUACUCUAGCGCAUGCUAUUCAUUUAGUUAGUGGUGUUCGCACUGUGAUUCAAUGCAAAAAGAAGGACGGAACAAGGAAAUCCCAUAUGGGACAAGGCACCGACUGCACAAUCUGUGUUGGCAUUCUUGAUUGCACCAAGGAACAGUCACCUGACACUUGGAGUGUCUUUUCUGUGAUGUACUGCAUACAAAUACAAGGACAGCAGAUGGAGACUAUAGAUAUUAUACAGGAGUGUCCACACUUUUUUAUUUAGUGGAGAAGGGAGCGGGUGAUGUGAAUCACCCCACAGCUGAAAUAUAGUUGUGAGUCAAUGAUGAUGAAAUGUCUGCCUCAAUAUGGACCGUUUAGGAUUUGUUGCCUCAACCAUUCAGUAUAUCUCCAUUAUUUCCAGAUGAUUUGUUGCCUCAACCAUUCAGUAUAUCUCCAUUAUUUCCAGAUGAUUUGUUGCCUCAACCAUUCAGUAUAUCUCCAUUAUUUCCAGAUGAUUUGUUGCCUCAACCAUUCAGUAUAUCUCCAUUAUUUCCAGAUGAUUUGUUGCCUCAACCAUUCAGUAUAUCUCCAUUAUUUCCAGAUGAUUUGUUGCCUCAACCAUUCAGUAUAUCUCCAUUAUUUCCAGAUGAUUUGUUGCCUCAACCAUUCAGUAUGUCUCCAUUAUUUCCAGAUGAUUUGUUGCCUCAACCAUUCAGUAUAUCUCCAUUAUUUCCAGAUUAUUUGUUGUGCCAAAUGACCUUUUCGAAAAAGAGUAGAGAAAUGAUGUGCCCAAGGAUAUUUCAUCGUUUCAUGUUUUGCUCUCAGAGAGAUUUGGUUUGGCAUUAAAAAUAUCUGAAGGGCGUUAAUUAAGACACAAUUUGAUAAAGCAGGCGAGUUGUGUGGGAGAUUACAUUUGCAUAGCCAGACCCUGACCUGUUUCACAUGCAUCGGGGCGUUGAUGAUGGACAUUCUCCAUAUUAUGCGUCGACAGCUGAACCAUUCGCAUCAGUAAAUGAUUUAAUGGCAGGGGUAAAACACUACUCGAUAGUGUGUCAUUUCAGAUGCUCAGCCAAAUUAUUGCUUAGGAUAGUCAAGUGACUCUACCAUGGAUCCUGCACAAGGAUCUGUCAACUACAGUUUGGAACUGUGCACAAACAGUAUGUUGUCAGACAAGACAAACAGAAGGUCAAAGUCAUUCUUUAGUGGUUCACUACCUGUUCAGUAUUGAAUUGUAUAAGGAGGUGGACCAUCUAGUCCAUUAUAUUUAGAGCCAAAUAACCUCUCUUUUUUUUCUCUGCACGCAUUAGAGAAAAGAAGGACGUGUGGAAAAUGUGCCAUGAAUAUCUGAGGUUCUACUGUAGAAUAGUUUUGACUAUAAAGUGGCUAGGUUGCUUUUCCUUGCUAUGAUAAAAGAUAUGAUCAAUUAUACAUUAAGUAUAAGAGUUUUAUUCAUAACCACAGUUUUGUGACUGUACUAAGUUUGGAUUGGUGUACUGCACUGUGAACGCUGCACUAUCCCUGUGACCCCAAAGUUAAUUAAGCCAAGCACAUUUGACAUCUUUCAUCACAGUGACCUAGUUUCAGGAAACAGUGAGCUUGCAUAUUUAACCUGUGUGGAAACCUGCGGCUUCUUCUGAAUCUUAUGUGGCACUGUGCUCUGUCCUGCUGUAUUAAAGGAUGCAAUGAUCAAAUACACAAUUAUUCAACGGAUCAGUAGCCAGCAUAUCUGAUGUGAUUUGAUCUUAUUGUUGAUAUGAAGGCAGAGUGUCUGCGGGGGGGUUUAUUUGACGACUCGCUGUGUUGCUGUUUUGUUUUUUAAAGACUACGGUGUAAUGGUGACGUCAAUCUGUCAGAGGUGGAGUUGUUUUUUUGUAGAACCCUGACUGAAAAUGUUGAUUUUUCUCUGUUGUGAAGGUUUGUUUGUGAGGCUAAUGACAAUACGGAAAUUAUGUUUUUAACCUACCUUUGUCCAGGUUUUGCUGUUCUUUACGUUGAAUAAAGACACAGUACAUUCAUUUGCUGCUUGGUAUUCAAUUGUCAAUGUGAAAGUGAUUAAAUAAACUAUUGAAUGCAGUAA